AUGCACGGUCCGUCCUUUGCACCAGAUCAUGCUGCUCCGGACGCUUUUGAUCCCAACACUCUCUACCGAGCUCGGGACUUCCUCCGUGCCAAUGGCGCCUUUCCAGAGUCUCAGUACUCGAUGGACUUAUUACUCAAGCUCGGCGGCAUGAUGUCGGAGUUGGACUUCCACCGCAGCCGUACCCAAGAGCUUCUGUCCGAGAACGCGCAUUUGCGACAAGACAAUGCAAACCUUAGGGCGUAUUUGGACUCGAAUUUGGCAACGGGAAAGCCAGCGGCGCCUGGCGGAGACACCUCUCAAAUCCCGCGUCCAUCUUCUGACACUGCGGGGAAAUCGUGGGAUAGGAUUGUGAUGGAUUUGAUCUGA